AUGGAAAAUACUCGGCACAAGACCGACGAGGAGCUUGCCUCGCAUGCGGUCCCUGUGGAGCUCGUCGAUGACGAGGCUCUCGCCGGCAGUACCGCAACGCGGGGCGCUGUUGUCACCAGCGCAGCAGCCAAGCCUCAGAGGAGCCUCAAGUAUGCCUGGUUGUACAUCUUCGACUGGUACCCGAGCUACUAUACUGAGGAGGAAAGAGCUCUGCUGAAGAAACAGGAUCGCAUUAUUCUUCCUCUUAUUUGCUUACUCUUCUUCAUCAAGUGGCUCGACCAGUCCAAUAUCACCAAUGCCUAUAACUCCGGCAUGAAGGAGGACCUGAACAUCAAGGGAAUAGAGUAUAACCUGUUUAGCACCUUCUAUAAUAUUGGCUACCUAAUUCUGGAGAUUCCCUCUAUGAUGAUUAUUUCGCGCCCCAAGUUGUCUCGCUGGUAUCUUCCAAUCUGUGAGACGCUCUGGUCUAUCAUCACCUUCAUCCAAUCUCGCAAUCGCAGCGCUCAUAUGAUUUGGGGCAUGCGCUUCCUAAUGGGACUUUUCGAGACCCCCGCUGCAACCGGGUCUCUCUAUGUCCUUGCAUCUUGGUAUAGAUCUGAAGAGGUUUUCAAGCGUGCUGGUGUUUGGUAUGUAUCGAGCAAUAUUGGCGCCGCUUUCGGUGGCUACAUGCAGGCCGCUGCUUACGCUGGACUUGAUGGGAAGCUUGGUAUGGCAGGCUGGCGGUGGGUGUUCAUCGUGGAUGGUAUCAUCAGUCUCCCGAUCGCUAUUGCCGGCUUCUUCCUAUUCCCAGGCCUGCCGACGAGCCCGCGCAUCUGGUGGCUUAAGGAGUCAGAGCAAAAGCUCGCCCAGGCACGUAUGCAGACAGACGGCGUCCGUAAGAGUGCCAAGAUUGGAAAGCGAAUGCUCAAACGCGUGUUUCUUCACUGGCAUUUCUAUUUCGCCGUCACUACCUAUGUCGCAUUUCAGUUGACCACCUGGGUCGGUGGACAGAUGGGAAUCUGGGUCAAGGCAACCGGUAACUAUUCAGUCGAGCUCAUCAAUAUCCUGCCUACUGGAACUCAGCUUAUGGCCAUUGUGGUUGGAAUCACGAUUCCACAAUUUGUCAUGGUUUAUCCGAUCUGGAUGCCGGUCAGUUUUGUUGGAUUUGUACUGCUCUUCAGUAAUAUCUGCCUCAGAAUCUGGUACAUCCCAGACGCAAUGAAGUUCGCCGUCUGGUUCUUGAUGGGCUUCACAUCUUGUGUGACGCCUAUGCUCUUCCCUUUCGUUCAUCUGAUCAUGAAGGACGACAACGAAGCAAAGAGUUUCACAACGGGUGCCAUGAUGACUGUCGGAUGGGCAUUCUUCACUUGGUAUAACGUUGUCGCAUUUCCAAUCACCGAGGGUCCUCAGUGGACAAGGGGCUUUACUGCCAGCAUAUGCCUAACAGUUAUAUGGGUGGCAUUGUUCCUGACGGGUUACGUGUUGUGGCAACGUGACAUCAAGCGUGGCUUAUACCAAAGUGCUAUUGCUGAGGAAGAGAACGAGGAGGCUUUUAAUGAAAAGGUUGCACAUGUGUCCCAGACACAGGCUGAGGCGAUUCACAUUGACGAGAAGAGGCUGUAG